GGUCGCGUCGCGGGGCCGCUUGGGCGGGACAGGCGACGGCGAGUUCGCGUCGGGGCGCGGCGACAACAGCGCGCUGCCCUUCCCCGCCGGGCCCCGCAUCGUCGGCGGCGGCAGGGUCCCCCCGCGGAGCCUCCUCUCCGGGCGCCCUGCUCGCUGUCACCUGCUGCCUGCGCCUCCUCGGAGCAGCCCAGGGGCUCCUUCUUCCUUCCUCCCUCUCCGCCUCCCGCGCGCGUCCCGCCGGCCGGUGGCGGGCAGGCGAAGAGGGGCUUCGCUCACGCCCAGCCGCUGCCCGCCCGGCAGGCACCCCACGCGCCUCGCUCGGGCCGGGCUGGCGUCUCCCGCAGGAGCCUUUCCCCAGAAACGAGCUACUAGAUGUAGAAGGAAAGUAGGGCGUUGAUGUAGAAAAUGCCUCUAAGGGACAAGUGUUGUCAGACUGACCACCAUCACCAUGGCUGCUGUGAACCAGUGCAUAUACUGGAACCUGGAGAUCAUCCUUUAUUGCAGCAGCCUCUUCAGACAUCAAAAUCCGGCAUUCAGCAAAUUAUUGAAUGUUUUCGAUCAGGAACUAAGCAACUUAAACAUAUUUUGCUGAAAGAUGUGGACACCAUCUUCGAAUGUAAAUUGUGCCGCAGCCUCUUCAGAGGAUUACCGAAUUUAAUAACCCACAAGAAGUUCUACUGUCCUCCAAGUCUCCGGAUGGAUGACAACUCUCCUGAUGUAAAUGAUAAGCAGAGCCAAGCCAUAAGCGAUCUCCUGGAAGCUAUGUAUCCUAGAGUGGACAAGCAAGACUAUAUAAUCCGUUUGGAACCUAUAGAGACAAACCGGAAUGCUGUCUUUCAAUAUGUUUCGAAGGCGGAUAGCACAGUUGAGAACAUUGAGAUGAACGUCACCACCGAACCAGCUCCUGUAGCAGAAACGCCAGAACCUACCGCAGAACCUCCUAAAGCGGUUCCUAGUCCCUCACAGGAAGAAACGGCGGAGAUUCCUGUGGCUGCUGCUGCUAGCAAGGUAAUAUUGACUCCAGAAGAACCGUCUCUGUCCUCGAAGUCUCAGCUGCAAUGUGAUAAACCAGAUUUGGGUCACCAGUUAAUUUGCUGCCUCUGUAAAAAAGAAUUUCAUUCCAGGCGCAGUGUACGCCGGCAUAUUAGAAAAGUACACAAGAAGAAGAUGGAGGAACUGAAGAAAUUUAUUGAAAUUAAGAGGCGGCCAAAUCAGACAUCUGGAAGGGGGCGCAAUAAGAACAUUCUUGUAACAUUGGGUAGGAGCUGUCCUGUAUGCUAUAAAUCCUUUGCUACAAAAGCCAAUGUAAGGAGGCAUUUUGAUGAAGUUCACAGGGGACUGAGGAGGGAUUCCAUCACUCCUGACAUAGCUACAAAGCCUGGGGAACCUUUGUCCUUGGAAUCGGCUAAAAAAUCUGUUAAGACCCGAAAACAAAAGUCCCUUAAGGCUGAAUACAACUUAACCACCUGCAAAUGCCUCUUGUGCAAGAGGAAAUACAGUUCGCAGGUAAUGCUCAAAAGGCAUAUGCAGAUUGUUCACAAGAUAACCCUUUCGGCAAAAAAUGCUAAAAGAGAGAAGAAGCCCAAUAACGCAGUUAGCACAGACGUGAAAGAGAAAACGGAACCAGCAGAAUCUACGGAAUCAGUGCCUCCCAUCAUCAGCUCCCCGCAGAGUGAAACAAAGGGAACAAAUCAUUCGAAUGAAAGGAAGAAUGCAUCUUCAUCGACUGAGAAAAAGAAUGCCUCGUCAUCCGCCGAACGAAAGAAUGCAUCAUCUGCUGAACGAAGGAAUGCAUCAGCUGCUGAACGGAAGAAUGUAUCAUCCACUGAACGAAAGAAUGCAUCAUCUGCUGAACGAAAGAAUGUAUCAUCCACUGAACGAAAGAAUGCAUCAUCUGCUGAACGAAAGAAUGCAUCAUCCACUGAACGAAAGAAUGCAUCGUCCGCUGAACGAAAGAAUGCAUCGUCCGCUGAACGAAAGAAUGCAUCGUCCGCUGAACGAAAGAAUGCAUCGUCCGCUGAACGAAAGAAUGCAUCGUCCGCUGAACGAAAGAAUGCAUUCGCUGAACGAAAGAAUGCAUCAACCGCUGAACGAAAGAAUGCAUCAUCCGCUGAACGAAAGAAUGCAUCGUCUGCUGAACGGAAGAAUGCAUCAUCUGCUGAACGGAAGAAUGCAUCUUCUUCCACUGAAAGGAAGAACGCACCACCCACAAAGAAAAUUAAAGUUAAGCCGAGCUCUGAAAAUUCUAAGUCAAGUAAUCAGUCCAUUGCAAGUGGUCUCCGAAAGCCCAGGAAGCCGAGACUUUCCGUUGGCUUUGACUUUAAAAAGCUUUACUGCAAGCUCUGCAAACGCCAAUUUACGUCCAAGCAAAAUCUAACGAAGCACAUCGAGUUGCACACGGACGGAAAUAACAUUUUUGUGAAAUUCUACCGGUGCCCGCUCUGCCCUUACGAAACCCGCCGGAAGCGCGACGUGAUCAGACAUAUAACCGUCGUGCACAAAAAGUCUUCGCGCUACCUUGGCAAGAUAACGGCGAGCUUAGAAAUCAGAGCGGUGAAAAAACCCAUUGACUGCGUUUUAAACAAGGUGACGAGAAGAGGCGCUCCGAGGGAUGAAGGUAAGCAAAAUGGCGCAAAGCCGGAUGUCACCUCUAACUCGCCGAGCAAGAAGUACGAAGGGGCUGAUGUGGGCAUUGAAGUGAAAGUCACAAAGAAUUUCUCUCUGCACAGAUGCAAUAAAUGCGGGAAAGCGUUUGCCAAAAAGACUUUCCUAGAGCAUCACAAGAAGACUCAUAAGGCAAAUGCAUCCCAUUCGCCCGAAGAAAACAAUACAACCAAAGGCAGAAGCACAAGAUCUAAAGCUCUUGUCUGCUGAGGAACAACUAGUGCCUUGCAAAACGUUUGCCUGAAUUUCCCACUGGUGUUUCUAGCUCAGACUCUGACGCUGUAGAACAUAUUGCAUUUAUUCUCCUCAGCCACGUAUUUAUAGGAUUCAAGAUGAAUUUGUCUUUAUUCAAGAAAGUGAAGCUAGCACAGUUGUACAUGGUCGGUUCCUGAAAGUUUAAUACUAUUCUGUAACAAGUUGUUUGGGGCAUAAUGUUUAGCGGUAGGGACCGUAGUUCCAAAGGUUUUUUUAAAAUUAACUUUGCACUUCGUUGGUACUGACCAGGUAGAGGAAAGCCUUUGAUAGGCUUGAAAUAGCCUGUUAGUGCUGUGUUUCCCUGUGGUUUUAGUCCGUUAGCAAAUAUUUCUGGCAUAUAGAGUUUUUGCAUAAAUGCUAGCAUACUUAAGAUGAGCAUAAAUUUAGGGUAUAUAGCUCUAUAUAGCUCUAUAGUUUAGAGUCAACACUUUUGCGUUAAAAUUCCGUUUCUCUGUUUGACACAAGAUGUCCAUUCCUCUUAGAGAAACUAAAAUCUCAGUUUUUUCCUGAGCUAGAAUUUUGGGACCUGGACCUUUGUAGCUAGCAUUUUAACCAUAACGUUUGUUUCCACAUACCCUGUUUAGACACCUGCGGGUGGGGAUAUUGGAUAUUCUACAGUUCAGUGGCAAUUUUACAUGACAUACAGAACAACAGUCUUAACUAGCUUCAGUUGAAAUGUUGUUGGGCAACCAACCACCGAGGAGAGAAUAGUUUGGUGGGGUUUUUUAAUUACUACUUUAUACGAAAGAUUAUUAAUCUCUAACAGAUGUUUAUUAAGAGUAUAUCUAUGUUGAUAAUUCAGAUCCAAAGUUCCCAUUAGGUGAAGGUAUCUUUCCAGAGUUAAACCACUUGUGGAUUCUGGUUUUAAUGUGAAAAGGUUAUAUGUAGACAAGCUUCCAGAUAUUUGGGAGCUACCUUCAGGUUGCUGGGGGGAAGUUGGUGGGUUUUUUCAUUUUGUCUUUUAAAGGCUAAAUAAUAAAGAUAUGGGUUAUUCUUACCAAAACCACAGUCAGCUUAUUGGACACAGAAAGUGCUUCUGGCUUUUGUGUGGAAAAUGUUCAUGCUGCCUACAAGUAAAGCCCCCCUUUUUAAAGUUGGCUAAAUAUUAUAUUGAUAUAUGUAUUUCUCCUUAACAUGAGAUGAUGUGUGGUAAAAUUUGGAAUUAGAACCACUAAUAUCUUGAAAUAGUUCUAUGAGAAGAAAUAUUUUUAUAAGCUAUUUUCUUAGUAAAUGUAUUGAUUGUUCCUAAAAGGUAACGUCUUGUUUGAGUUUUUCAAGAGCGAUUAAACUCCAUUAAAAAUAGCCCUUUGAAUUAAUAGCCAGCUUUCUUAUUUCAUGUGUGCAGUAGUGCUGGUAACAGAAAAAUGAACAUUUUAAAAGGGAAAUUUUGCAAACCAUUUUUGAAGCCCUAUUCUUUUUAAGGACGUUAUUCUUUUCUUUUUAAGGACGUUAUCAACUUGGAGCAUGCGUUCCAGACUUGGCCCUUACUUAAUUCUAAUUUUGCUGAACAGAUUUUACGUCCAUUGUGAUAUACUACUAAGCAAACACUUGUUGUGUGAUGUACUUUAAAAAUAUUUUUUUACAGAUGAAUGUAUAUGAGCAGUUUCUUAGCGUAAUUUGAAUGAACUGCAAUUUGAAUUGUAAUUUUUUUAGCAUUGGCGCUAAUUUCAAUUCAUGGUUCAAUACUUUUCUGGGAGUAUUAAGUUUGACUGUACUGAACUUGCUGCAAAAAAAAUAUGUAUAGUAAUUUUGCAUGGUUAGCAUAUUGGUCAGUCUUUCAUAUGGAAGUUUACAAGUGACCCACAUUCCCCUAUUUUAAUUGUUGUUUUUUAAAAAAAGAUUAUACACAAGCACUUUAAUAGAUGCAGUUUAAAAUUUUAGUUAUUUUUUAAAACACAGUACACUAAUGUUCAUGUGAAGAUAGUAGAUGGGUUUUGUAGACAAUUCAUAUACAACCAUAGUUCCUUAAAUAUUGUUUAAACGGAAGAUAGUGGAAGGACUUUUUUUCUUUCUCUCUUUUUGCCCACAAGAUGUUGAAUGACCACUGUAGAUGGCACUUGACUUUCACUGUAAAGUUUAUGAAAUUCUUGCUUCCUGUCUUAUUUUAUAAUCGAUUCUAUAGCAAAACAUUAGUAUACCUACCAUUAUGAAAUUUUUGGCAGGUUUCUGCGCUUUCUUAAUUUUUAGAAAAUGUUUAGUGAUUUGUGUCAAAUUGCCAUAGUUUAAAAGAUGAUGGGUUAGAUCCAGAGGACCUGUGAACAGGAUCCCGCUCACAGGACCCUCCUACUGGAGGAAGGCUAAUGAAGCCAUUUUCACUGAUUCCUCCUUCUCCCACCUCCAGAGCAGUGUGAGGUGUGACAUGGAGGGCUAGAGAGGAAAGAGGAAGUGGCAAAAACCACCUCGCUUCACCUUCCUCCCGUAAGAGCUUCUGCUGGUUCUUGGUCCCUUCUGUUCACGGAAGGGACUCUCUCUGGAUCCAACCCGAUGUACAAAUGAAGAAAUGCCAUUUUUAAAAUAUUGGUCGACUCCCUUGCUUAGGGAAUGCCUUGUGUCCAUAUAUACUUUUUUGUAUAAAAUAUAUCUAAAAAUGUUCAUCAUAAAUAAAUAAAAAAUAUUCUUUUAUGGAUAGGUAAGUGUUUGGCCUUUUAGUGCUUUGCACUAAAAAAACAAAACUGUGAAUGGGAAAUAGACUGUAACUGUUGCUGGAAAUGUUCUAUGUUUGAAUACACUUGCUUCUUGGAGAAAUGUACUUUAUUUGGAAAUAAAGCAGACUGGAAGUUAUUUGAGGUAAAUGUA